AACUCCGACGAAGCAAACAUUCGAAACUAAUUGCGAAGAAGUGGGAUAGAUUUGUAAAGGAAAAAGAGAGGUUGCAGACAGUAGGCGGGGAGUAGAUAUGUUCGAUAUAAGUAUCAUCGAGUAACAGAUUAGAAUUUGAACAGUCUGUGUUUGAUAGUAUUGGAAAUUACAGCCAUGAAGAACGAGGAACUCGUCCAGAAUGUACAAAAAGAGACAACAAAUAUUAUUGGUAAACUUGGAAUCAGACAUUUGCAAGUUUUUCUACAUUUCUUAGGGAUGGUGAUAGGAUAUUCUCUUCGAGUGAGCAUGUCGGUAGCUAUUGUGCCAAUGACACAGAACGAGUCCAAUAGUUAUCAAUUCGAGGUUUACAAUUGGUCGUCAACCGAAAGUGCAACAAUACUCUCCUCUUUUUUUUGGGGCUAUACGAUCAUGCAAAUACCAAGUGGUUAUAUAGCGGCAUUUUGGAGUGCUCAAAAAUUAUUGAGUUUCGGACUGCUACUUUGCGGAAUCUUGAAUAUUUUGACACCAACUCUUGCCCAUUACGGUGGUUAUUUGGCUGUCUGUGCUUGUAGGGUAGGCAUGGGACUUUCUCAGAGUUGCCUGUUACCGAGUAUACACACCCUUCUUUCUAAGUGGGCACCACCGACUGAACGAGCACGACUCGGAACACUUGCUUACGCCGGUGCACAAUUCGGUACCGUGAUUUGUUUUCCAAUUUCUGGAUUGUUAGCGUCAUCGAGUGCCGGCUGGCCAUCUAUUUUUUACGUAUUUGGCGCUUUGGCCGUGAUUUGGGGCAUUAUAUUCUUCGUAUUUGGUUCGGACAGUCCUUCUAAGCAUUCGCGAAUAUCGGAGAGAGAAAGGCGAUAUAUCGAAAACAGUUUAAAAAGUAGCGAGGAAAAAGAAAAACCGAGCAGCGAAACGGCGAUGAGAACACCGUGGAAAGCUAUUUUCACAUCGGUGCCGAUGUGGGCUCUAAUAAUUGUGCAUUGCGGACAAAAUUGGGGUUAUUGGACUCUUAUCACGGAAUUACCAACUUAUAUGAAUGACGUUUUGGAAUAUAAUUUGGUAGAUAAUGGUAUGAUAUCGGCGCUUCCCUAUUUAGUGAUGUGGAUCUUAAGUUUUCCGGUAUGCUGGCUGGCCGAUUAUGCUUUAAAGAAGGGUAUCUCGGCAGGAAUAAUUAGAAAAGUUUGCAACACGAUCGCACACUGGGGACCAGCGAUAGCGUUGAUUUGUCUUGCAGCGAUGUCGGUGCAGGAUCACAAAGUGGCUGUAAUUAUUCUUGUGAUAGCUGUAGGGUUAAACGCUGGUUCUCUAUGCGGAUUUCAAAUUAAUCACAUCGAUCUAAGUCCGAAUUUCGCCGGUAGAAUGAUGUCUAUCACCAAUUGUAUCGCAUCCAUCGUCGCGAUAAUUGCACCAAUGGUUUGCGGCCUCAUCGUAACGCAAAAAAAAAACGUUACCCAAUGGAACAUAGUGUUUUAUUUGUCCGCCGCAAUUUAUAUUUUAGGAAAUUUAAUUUUUAUCAUAUUUGGCAGCACUGAGAUUCAACCAUGGAACAAUCCAAAAACUGCGAAUCCUCAAAAACAAAGUGACAAAGAAUUAACGGUUGUAUGAACAUUUAAAGAUAUAUAUGUGAGUAUAUGUAUACAAAUUAACAAAUUAAU